AACUGACAUACUAAAGUGUUCCUAGUGGACUAGCUUUCUGGUUAUACGCGGCGACCAUGACCCACAAGCCAUCGAAGGGCCCUCGCCUGGGCGUUCGUCACCUGCAGUCGUUUUUGCUCUUCCUGGGCCUCACAGUGAUGCACAUAGCCCGUCUUAAUGUCAGUGUGGCCAUUGUGGCCAUGACCAAUGCGGCCACCACGAAUCCCAAUUUUCCGGAAUACCAAUGGACGGAGAAACAGAAGUCGUACAUACUCUCCAGCUUCUACUGGGGCUACAUCCUGACCCUUUGUCCUGGCAGCUUCCUGUGCCGUCGCUAUGGCGCCAAAGUGGUCCUCUUUGUGGCCAGCUGUGGCACUGCAGUGUUCAGUCUGAUGACCCCGUGGUGCAUCACCUGGGGUGGGUGGCAGGUGUUCUGCGCCAUUCGCAUUCUGCAGGGCCUGUUCCAGGGCGUAAUCUUCCCCUGUGUGACGGAACACCUGGCCAUGUGGUCACCGCCGGAGGAGCGAAAUCGCCUGGGCGCCUUCAGCUACACGGGCACAGAUUGCGGCACUGUGCUGGCCAUGUUCAUCAGUGGCAUGAUUGCCAAGGGCGUCAUGGGCUGGCCGGGCAUAUCCUAUGUGUCCGGCUCCCUCUGCGCCGCCUGGUGUUUCCUCUGGCUGAUAUUCGCCUCCAACAAUGCCACCGAAUCUCGGUUUGUUGGCGAGGCCGAGUGCAAGUACAUAGAGUCCUCGCUGGAGCACAAUGAUGACUUCCAUGAGCGCACGAUACCCAUUCCCUGGAAGGCCAUCUGGACUUCGGUGCCCUUCCUCGCCCUGCUGGUGACUCGGUGUGCAGAGACCUAUGGCCUGAGCACUCUGCAGGCGGAGAUACCCUCCUAUAUGAACGGUGUCCUCAACAUGGAAAUCCAGAGCAAUGCGGUCUUCUCAUCGCUACCCUUUUUGGCCAUGUGGCUGCUGUCCUAUGUCUAUCUGGUGGCCGCCGAUGUUCUGCUGAAAAAGAAAAUCCUGUCCCUGACCUCGGUGAGGAAGGUUUUCAAUACGCUCUCCUUCUGGAUCCCAGCCGCCUGCCUGAUCGGCAUAGGAUUCCUCAGCCAGCAGAACAAGAAGCUGGCCAUCGUACUGAUGACCGUGUCGGUGGGCGUGAAUAGUGGAGCCACCAUUGGCAGUUCCCUGAAUUCCAUCGAUCUGUCACCCAAUCAUGCUGGCAUAUUGAUUGGCCUGAGCAAUACGGUGGCGAAUGUUAUUCCCAUCCUCACACCACUGAUUGCCGGAGAGAUCGUGGCCGAUAAGCACAAUCGCGGGCAAUGGCAGAUCGUUUUUGGCCUGGCGGCUGUCAUUUUCUUUGUGGGCAACGUGGUCUUCAUCAUUUGGGGAACCGCCAAGGCGCAGCCCUGGGAUGCAGAUGAUUUCCUCAAGCCAAAGGAUGCGGAAUCCGCCUGCGAAAAGACGAAAACCACUGCCGAAGAGGUUGCCCCACCCAUCGAUCCUGUUCUGGAGCAGCAAAUCAGUUGGCCCGAGAGAUAUACGGCCAAAGCCAUCGAUUGAUUUGUGGCGGAAGUGGCUGCCCUGCCCCUGCCUGCACAGAACAAUUUCUUUUGUUAAUCAGUAUUAACUAUAAGUAGGCUGUAAUUUAUAUUUAUUCUAUUUAUAAGGCGUGACCGUAGCGCGAGGCUUAAGUAAAUUAUUUUCAAUUGAAUCGCUUUGUUGUUACCAAUCGCUCGCGAUUUCGGCCCUCGAAUCGAGGAAGAGUCCGAUCGGGCGGCGCAAUCUAAUCUGUUAAUUUAUCUUAUAAAUGUAUAUAAGUACCCAUAUUUAUUAUGGAUUGCGGCUCGAGCGACCAAUUGUCAAUGGCUACAGCCAAAGUUGAGUGCUUUGCACU